UGUAAAUGCUGCUGGGAGGGGUGAACAGGAUGAGGCUCUGUGCAGGUAUAAGGAAGUGUUUCCACUGACAGACUAAAAACUUUUCUUCUUCAGCUUAGAAACACACCAGCUACUCUCUCCAACACCCAAAUAUGGCUGUCAGUAAAGAACCAACGUACAACAAUAAAGAGAUCCGGAUCGUGAUGGUGGGAAAGACCGGAUCUGGGAAGAGUGCAACAGGAAACACCAUCCUGGGAAAGAAAGAAUUUAUAUCAAGGUUCUCCUUUAAAUCUGUGACUGAAGGCUGCGCUAAGGCGUAUGGUGAGCUGGAUGGACAGAAGGUUUCUGUCAUCGACACUCCAGGUCUGUUUGACACUGAUACUGAUGAGGAGACGACACGUAAAAAUAUCUCCCAGUGUAUGGCUUAUGCUUCUCCUGGACCACAUAUCUUUCUGAUUGUCAUCAAACUGGGCCGAUUCACAGAAGAAGAAAAGAAGACGGUGGAGAAGAUUCAGCAAACCUUUGGAGAGGAAGCAAACAAAUACAGCAUGGUUCUCUUUACCCAUGGUGACCAGCUCAGUGGGAAACCUAUCGAGGAGUUCUUGAAGGAAAGCGAAGACCUGCAGGAGCUUGUGACCAAAUGUAACGACCAGUACCACGUCUUUGAUAACAACCUCUCUGAUAACAACCUCUCUGAUAGUUCUCAGACCAGAGAGCUGCUUAACAAGAUCAGAAAUAUAACAGAAAAGAACACAGGAAACCAUUACACCACUGAGAUGUUUCAGGAGGCAGAGAGGGCGAUUGAAGAGAAGAAACAGAGAAUCCUGAAAGAGAAAGAAGAGGAAAUGAGGAAAGAGAGGAAGGAACUAAUGAGGAAAAUAGAGGAAAAAUAUGAGCAAAAGUUAAAGAAAGUGGAGGAAGAUGCCAAGAAGAAGAAUCAGAGAAUCCAGAAAGAGAAAGAAGAGCAAAAGUGCAAAUUGAAGGAGGAACUGGAGAGGGAAAAUAAAAGAAAAACAUGAGAAAAAAUUAAAGGAAGCGAAGGAAGAGAUGGAAAAAGAACUAAAAGAGAAAAUGAAAGCACUGGAGGAAGAACAGGAAGAGAAGGCUAGAAGAGAGGCAGAGAACAGCUAUUUAGUGCUCGCAAAGAUUGGUCUUGGAAUUGCAUUGGUGGUAGCUGUUGGGGCUGUGGUGGCUAUGGGGCCUGUGGCAGCUGUGGUGACUGUGGGGGCUGUUGGGGCUGUGGGGGUUUUGGGGGCUGUGGCGGUAUUUAAAAAAUAACUACAGCUCAUUGUAUCCGACCUGAUGUACAUUAUAAUGUCAGUGUUUAAAACUGAUCUGUUGAUUCUCAAAUUACUCUCGCCUUUUCUUUUAGACAUAUUUUGAACACAAAACUAAAAGACUAAAGGGACUUUCAGACAGGACGCGGUGGGGGCUACGCGCUGCUGUCAAGACCAUUCAUUGUCUAUGUGUAGCUCUGCACAAGAGCGUAUCUGCACUCGGCCGAGCUGAGCUCAGCACAAGGUCUCGUUUGCCAGUUGGACCAAUAGUAACUGUCUGCAGUCUGCAAGACCCAAUUUCAAAUAUCUUUAUUUAUCUGUUAGGAACUUCAGUUGUGUAAAAAAAGCAUCAGUGUGCAUACAGCUCAGCACAACAAAA